GUAGCCGAUGAAAUGGAGUAUGAUGAGAGACUGGCACAAUUCCGCCAAACCCGCCUCAAUCCCUUCGAUCGUGGAGAGGAAGAGGAUGGUGGUCAAAGGGGCAGGACGCCGCCACAGCAGGAAGACCGGCAGGAGCUGUUUUCUGGGACUAUAAUUCAAAGUUCAGACAGAACCAUGGAUCUUGGGCUAGCUGAGGACCACUUUUCAAGACCAGUGGGCUCAUUUGUGGCCUCCGACAUAGAGCAGUUGAAAUUGGCCAUUGAGGAAUGCAAGAAACUGAUCUUGGAGCUGCCAGAACACUCUGAAAGACAAAAGGACACAGUGGUGAAACUGAUCCAUCUUCGGCUUAAACUGCAGGAGUUGAAGGAUCCUGAUGAGGAUGAGCCUAAUCUACGAAUGGUUCUAGAGCACCGAUUUUCCAAGGAAAAGAGCAAGAGUGUCAAACAAACGUGUGACAAAUGUAGCACCAUCAUCUGGGGACUCAUUCAGACAUGGUACACUUGCACAGGUUGCUAUUACCGCUGCCAUAGUAAGUGUAUGAACCUGAUCACAAAGCCCUGUGUGAGGUCAAAGGUCAGCCAUCAGUCCGAGUAUGAGCUCAACAUCUGCCCCGAGAUCGGUCUGGACCGCCAAGACUAUCGUUGUGCCGAAUGCCGCUCACCUAUUUCAUUGAGGGGUGUGCCAAGUGAGGCCAGACAGUGUGACUAUACUGGGCAGUAUUUCUGCAGCACGUGUCACUGGAAUGACACAGCCAUCAUCCCAGCAAGAGUCAUCCACAACUGGGAGUUUGAACCACGCAAGGUUUGUCGAUCCUCACUGCGCUACUUAGCGCUGAUGAUGUCACGGCCUGUGUUGAAGCUGAAGGAAAUCAACCCACUGCUCUUUAACUUUGUGGAGGAGCUGGUUGAGAUCAGAAAACUUCGUCAAGAUAUUCUACUGAUGAAACCAUAUUUUAUUACCUGCAAGGAAGCAAUGGAAGCUCGACUUCUACUGCAGCUUCAGGACCGCCAGCAUUUUGUGGAGAACGACGACAUGUACUCGCUACAGGAUUUGAUUGACAUCUUCAGCGGGCGACUCAGCUGUUCCCUCACAGAAGUCCACACCACAUUUGCGAAACACAUCAAACUGGAUUGUGACCGUUGCCAGGCCAAAGGCUUUGUGUGUGAGCUGUGUAAGGAGGGAGAUAUCCUCUUUCCUUUUGACAGUCACACCUCAGUUUGCCAUGACUGCUCAGCUGUCUUCCACAGGGAUUGUUACUAUGACAACUCAACAACUUGUCCACGUUGUGCCCGAAUGACUGAGCGUAAACAGGAUGAGGACACAAAAGAUGCUUGA